AGAAGCGCCUGGACAGCAGCAGCAGCUGACUUUCUACAUCAAGCGCCUUGGGGCCCCAGGCUUGGGAGUGAGCCGAUGGCCCACGUUCGAGAGGCGUCCCGGUCCUCCCGCUCCGUCGCCAGUUGGAGUUCGGGAGCAGGUCGAGGAGCCUGUUUGGAGCAGGAGGCAGAGAAAGCAGCGAGAAUGGAGCAGACGAUGCGGGGUACACAGGGAGCCCAGGAGAUGCAGCCGGAGCCGUGGCCGGAGCCCAAGCCCUUGUCGGAGAACUUAACAAGGAGGGGCAGUGGCAACGAGGAGAAGGUGCUCCCUUCCAGCCAGGCUGCUUGUCACACCAGCUCGGUUUGCCCGCGCCGCAAGCCCCGCCCUCGGCCCCAGCCCAGGUCCCGCUCCCGGGGAGGGCGUGGGCUCAAGGCCCCACCCCCGCCUCCCGCCAAACCUCCGCCUCCCCCGCCAGCGCCGCCACCUCCACCCCCGCCCCCGACGCGGCCGGUGGCCUGGCGCAAAUCCAGGCGUAUAUCCAGGCCCAGACCUAGACCCCAAACACGCAAAACCUGCUCUAAUGGCCAAGGCUGUUCUGGGGAUCCAGAGGGCUCAGAGAACAGGUUGCUGGAGGUGGGGUCUGAUAAGGGUCCCACAGGCUGCUCACAUAUAGAAAGCUUAAAAGUAGCUAAAAACUGGCAGAAGAACCUGCGAAUGAUCUAUCAGCGUUUCAUUUGGAGCGGGACACCGGAGACUAGAAAACGUAAGGCAAAGUCCUGCAUAUGUCGUGUGUGUAAUACUCAUAAGAACAGACUUCACUCCUGUCUCUCCUGCGUGUAUUUUGGAUGCUUUACUGAGAAGCAUAUCCAUAUCCACGCAGAGACAAAGCAACACAAUUUAGCAGUCGACCUCUAUCAUGGCGUUAUAUAUUGCUUUAUGUGUAAGGAUUAUGUAUAUGACAGUGACAUAGAGCAGAUUGCCAAAGAAACAAAGGAGAAAAUUCUGGGACUGCUAACUUCCACCGCGCUAGAUGUUUCCUCUCAACAGAGUAUGACCUCGGAGGCUGAAGAAAAUCAAUCAACCAGUGAGUCGAAAGAUCAGGAUACCACAGUGGUAAAACCCAAGAAAAAGAGGAGGAAAAAGACAGAAUAUUAUACCGUAGGCCUCAGAGGGUUAAUUAAUCUUGGGAACACUUGCUUUAUGAAUUGUAUUGUCCAGGCGCUUACCCAUACUCCACUACUGAAAGAUUUCUUCCUUUCUGACAAGCACAAGUGUACAAUGACAAGCCCCAGCUUAUGCUUGGUCUGUGAAAUGUGCUCGCUUUUUCAAGCGAUGUACUCGGGCAGCCAGAGUCCUCAUAUUCCGUAUAAACUGCUGCACCUGAUUUGGAUUCAUGCUGAACAUCUAGCUGGGUACAGACAGCAGGAUGCCCAUGAGUUUCUUAUUGCAAUGUUAGACGUGCUGCAUAGACACAGCAAAGAUGAUAGCAUCGAGCAGGAAGGUAACGCCAACUGCUGUAAUUGCAUCAUAGACCAGAUCUUUACAGGUGGCUUGCAGUCAGAUUUAACAUGUCAAGUUUGUCAUGGUGUCUCUACAACUAUCGACCCAUGUUGGGACAUCAGUUUGGAUUUGCCUGGCUCUUAUACCUCAGACAGGGCUAGUAGCACAGCGAGUAGGAAUGGCCCCAAACCAGGAGUUCCCUCACUUACAGAUUGCCUCCAGUGGUUUACAAGGCCAGAGGACCUGGGAAGCAGUGCCAAAAUUAAAUGCAGUCACUGCCAAAGCUACCAGGAAUCUACCAAACAGCUUACAAUGAAGAAAUUACCGAUCGUGGCCUGUUUUCAUCUGAAACGAUUUGAACAUUUAGGCAAACAGAGACGCAAGAUUAAUACUUUUAUCUCAUUUCCUUUGGAGCUGGACAUGACACCCUUUCUGGCUUCUACUAAAGAAAGCAUAAUGAAAGGCCAGCCAUUAGCAGAGUCUGUGCCCAGUGAGAAUAAGUAUUCUUUGUUUGCAGUGAUUAACCACCAUGGAACUCUGGAAAGUGGCCAUUAUACCAGCUUCAUACGUCAGCAGAAAGACCAGUGGUUUAGCUGUAAUGAUGCCGUUGUCACCAAGGCCACAAUGGAAGAGUUACUCUAUAGUGAAGGGUAUUUACUGUUCUAUCAGAGGCAGGAUAUAGAGAAAGAAUGAUCUCAUCCAGAAUGCUUUUCAGAAAAACUAAGCAAGAAUCCUGCAGUGAUAGACAAGCCUACCUGGAAUGGACAAUUGGAAUGCUUUCACAACAGCAAGCACCUCUAAAAGAAACACACAAAUCCACCUGGAGUAGACAGUGACCAUAACACCUAUAUGACAAGUAACACUUUGGCAUAAAGAAACUAUUUUAUCCUGUUCCAUAGGUCUAUGGAAAGAAACCGUUGACCAGUGACCAUUUCGCCUUAAGAACUGGGAGGAGGGGAGGAAAGGUUGAAAGGGGUCACAAAGCAUAUUAAAUGAAGUCUCGAGGUGGAGGGAGGUGCAGAUAAUCUGAAAUUUUUAUGUGCUUCUUGUUUCUUCAAAGAUAAUGUGUUAAGUGUGGGGGUGUCUUUUAGAAAAGGGGUUUUUAAUUGAUUGUAGUUCUAGUUAUGAGUGCACAAAUAGUCUGAAAAACCAAAUAUUUUAAAGAAAAACUUUAAAGCUUUAAAAGAGAAACGUUAAAAACACUUUUGAGAGUUUUAAGAGAGCAUUUUAAAUGUCAAAAUUUUAAGUUAAGUAUUUUAGAAGAAAUAUUUUUAAAUGUUUUUAAUUUAAAAUGAUUCCAAAUUGUUAGUAUGUGAAAAUAGAGUAUUUAGAAAUUCUUACAAUUUAAGAUGAAAUAUGAAAAUUUAUAAGGUAGUUAUUGAAACACUUUAAUUUAAAAAUAGUAAAAAAACUUUUUAAAAACUCAAUGUUUAAAGUGAAAAAUGCAUAGAUUCUAAAAAUGUAAAGCAUAAAAUAUAUGCAUUGCAAAAUGAAAAUUUACAGAAGCAUGCCUAUAAUAGUUUCAAAAUGUCAAAAUAUAGAAUGAAAUGAAAUUUUAAGUUCAAAACAGAUAAAGUGAUUUAAAAGAAGAAAGUUUAGAACAAUUCAGGGAAACAGAAAUUUGGUUUCAAAGAUUUCAAAAACUAAACAUUUCAAAUAUUAAGAGAACCUUAUAUAAAUUCAACUACAGAGAUUUCAUUAUAGAAACAAAUUUUAAGUUUAAAAAGAAUAUUCGCAAACAAAUUGACAACUGAAAGACAUGUAAAUAAGAAUUACUUGAAAGUUGAAAAUUUUAUUUUGUACUUAAGUAUAUUGAAAUAUAGAUGGAUAUAAAAUAUAUAAAUGAAAGAGAGUAAUGAUAAGACAAAAAUGGUUUGUGAACAUAUGUAUUUUUUUAGUUUUUUGUGAAUGCAGAAUUAACUAUAUUGGAAAAAGUGAUGACAUCAAGAUUUUUCCCAUUUAGAAGUAAUUAUUCAUAUACAUACUUAGCUUCUGAAAGGAAGCUUUUAGUAAUUUUGUGGCUUAGAGAAAUUAGAUCAUAACUGUGAAGUUCUGGCUUUUGAUGUUUCAGACCCAUGCUCUGACUGAGAAAGUGGCAGAGACCCGUGUCUGAGAAACACCUACCCUCUCUGCUUCCAGUCUUUUGCCUCAUGGGGAAACACGAUCCUUAAUUUCUACAGUAGAACUGUGGCUUUGUGUUUGAGCAGCCCUGCUAACUCCUUCCUCGUCACACCCACCCCAUCCCCAUUCCUGAUUUCCUGAGUCCCUCACUUGCCUAGCCUCACCUAGAUCAAUAUAAUCCCAGCCUGCAAGGAUCCUUUCUUAUACACCUGGGGACGUCAUUCCUUCGAGACCAACUCACAGAUGACUUCUCCGGAGCCUUCCCUGGAUCCCCUAUGCAGGCAUAGAUUAGAUAAUCGCCCCCGUCUCUCCUAUUGUGCCUCCAAACUACUUUGUCUACACCUCGAUGAAUAGUACUUCAACUGUGAUUCUACUGUAGCCUUGUGAUUGUCUGCCUCUCUGCA